UCUCUUGCCAGUGUGUGUGUGUGUGUUUCUGAUAUUUGCCUCUGUCUGUGUCUGUGAGUCUCUUGUCAACUGUUAAAAUGGCUGAGGGCAAAGCAGCUGAUGCAGCAGCUCAGAAAUCUCUUGAGGAUUUUGAUCCUCAAAAGAAGCCCAAACGAAACAAAUUUGCUUUCGCUUGUGCUAUAUUGGCUUCCAUGACUUCCAUUUUGCUUGGUUAUGAUAUUGGGGUGAUGAGUGGAGCAGUGAUAUACAUAAAAAGGGACCUGAAAUUAUCGGACGUGCAAAUCGAGAUACUGAUAGGCAUCAUCAACCUUUACUCUCUGAUAGGUUCAUGCCUUGCUGGCAGAACCUCCGACUGGAUUGGUCGGCGUUACACGAUUGUCCUCGCCGGAGCCAUCUUCUUCACCGGAGCCAUCCUCAUGGGAUUCUCUCCCAACUAUGCAUUUCUAAUGUUCGCACGAUUCAUCGCCGGCAUUGGCAUCGGUUAUGCCCUCAUGAUUGCCCCCGUCUACACCGCCGAAGUCUCCCCUGCUUCCUCUCGCGGCUUCCUCACCUCAUUCCCUGAGGUUUUCAUCAAUGGAGGGAUAUUACUAGGAUACAUAUCGAAUUACGGAUUUUCGAAGCUACCACUUCACUUAGGAUGGAGGCUGAUGUUGGGAAUCGGAGCCGUUCCUUCAGUAAUCUUAGCGGUGGGAGUGUUGGCAAUGCCCGAGUCACCUCGUUGGUUGGUAAUGAAGGGUAGGCUCGGUGAUGCUACAAAAGUUCUCAACAAAACCUCUGAUUCUAACCACGAGGCUCAGUUGAGGUUAGCCGAUAUCAAAGCCGCGGCUGGGAUCCCCGAGGCUUGCAACGACGACGUCGUUCGAGUAACCAAGCAAAGUCACGGUGACGGUGUAUGGAAACAACUUAUCCUUUAUCCUACACCCGCGGUUCGUCACAUCCUCAUAGCUGCUCUUGGGAUUCACUUCUUUCAACAAGCGUCUGGUAUAGACGCCGUCGUUUUAUACAGCCCCACAAUCUUCGCAAAGGCUGGGAUUCAAUCUGAGACGGACCAGCUCCUCGCAACCGUGGCCGUUGGAUUCGCUAAGACUAUUUUCAUCUUAGUGGCUACCUUUUUGUUGGAUCGGGUCGGGCGUCGCCCGUUAUUGUUGACCAGUGUUGGCGGUAUGGUGUUCUCGCUUCUCACUCUUGCUGUGAGCCUCACCGUCAUUGAUCAUGAUCAUUCGCACGCGAAGAUAACGUGGGCCGUUGGAUUGAGCAUAGCCACCGUGUUAUCCUACGUGGCAACGUUCUCCGUUGGAGCGGGUCCCAUCACGUGGGUUUAUAGCUCUGAGAUCUUCCCGUUGAGGCUACGCGCUCAGGGUGCGGCUAUGGGGGUUGUGGUGAAUAGGGUCACCAGUGGGGUUAUCUCAAUGACCUUCUUGUCCCUCUCUAAAGGGAUCACCAUUGGUGGGGCCUUUUUCCUCUUUGGUGGAAUUGCAACUUGCGGAUGGAUCUUCUUCUAUACCAUGCUCCCCGAAACACAUGGCAAGACCCUUGAGGAAAUGGAAGGGUCUUUUGGUCAAUUCGAAGCAAAAUCCAACACUAACGAUAAUGGCGAAAUACAAUUAGCAAAUUAGGGACCAAUACUUGUGCUUAAUAGCAGAGGCAAUAUGUUACAUUAGCAAGUAACCUUGUACGUCUUUAGAUUAGCUUUUUAGCCACUUAUAUUGGAUUAAUGGUGAGGAAUUUUUAGUAGGUCUGUAUUAGGUUUCGUGUUAAAUUUCUAUUAUUGUAUCCAAAAAAAAAGAUUAGCUUUUCAAAUGGAAAAACGCGAUUAUCCACACAAGUGGCAGAGGCUUGUCUGCGAAGGAAAAUUAUAGUACUUUUUAUGAAUAAAAAUGAAAAGAGAGAUGUUGUAGUGUGGUAAUCAAUUGGAAUACAA